AUGUCGGACACGCAAGUCAGAGAACGCCGACCAGGAGAUCUGGCUGGGCUCGAUGAAAAGAUUGGCAAUGCUCAGGUGAAAACACUGGGCCAUCUGCGUCUGCGAGAUGCUGAAACGAACGAGGUCAUUCUCGUUCCAACCCCUUCAUCCGAUCCCAAAGAUCCUCUCAAUUGGCCACGAUGGUUCAAACUAUACACAGCAGUGGCCGUCUGCUUCGCCAUGAUCUUGUGUAAUUUCCUCGCAGCCGGUCCGACUCUAGCCAUCCUGCAGACAGCGCAAGAUUUCUUUCCCAACUGGAAGGAAACCGGAAUGGCAGGCCCGAUCGCCAAAACCGCGUACUUCUUCAAUUGCACCGCACUUUUCCAGGGUCUGGGUAAUCUAUUCUGGAUGCCCCUCAUCAACAAGUAUGGUCGCCGUCCAGUAUACGUGACUGCGUUCACUCUAUACACGAUCACUGCAAUCUGGUGUGCGGUCGGCAAAGGAUACGCCAACUUCCUCGUGGCUAGAAUAUUCAUGGGUAUCGCUGCAGGUGCUGGAGAGUGCCUGGCACCUGUGACAAUCGCUGAUGUCUUCUUCCUGCAUGAGCGUGGAGCUAUCACUGCCUUGUACAAUGCUUCGCUGAACCUGGGUGUCGCGAGUGGCGCUAUCAUUGAUGGCUUCAUUGUCAAGCUCCAUCCCUGGCGAUAUAUCUACUACGUGGCGAUUGCCUUAAUUGGCAGCGUCACGCUCAUUGUGUACGCGACUUUCCCCGAAACUGCGUACAUCAGGAAUAUCGCAUCCGAUGGCACUGUUACUACCCUGACUUCUUCGGGGCAGCGUAUUUGUCGAAGUACCAAGGGUGAAGAGGCGGGCACUUCUACAGUUCAUGAAGUAGCCUCCGUGGAGCCGGCCAGUCGCAGUGUCGGCCUCUUACAGGGACUCAAACUCUACCAUGGCAAAUAUACCCAUGAAUCUCUGUGGCAUAUGACAAUUCGCCCUGUGGGGCUCUUGAUCCUGCCUCCUGUUCUCUGGGCGACCCUGGUCAUGUCCGUAACAAUCGGCUUCAUCACCGCAAUCACGUCGAAUGUUGCUUCCGCCUUCAACACUGCUUACGGGUUUGAGGCAUGGCAAUCGGGCCUUUGCUUUUUCUCAGCUGUUAUUGGAUGUUUCUUCGGUAUCAUUCUUGGUGGUAAUUUCUCCGACUGGGUAGCGGACUACUUUACUCGACGAAAUGGUGGUAUUCGAGAGCCAGAGAUGCGUCUACCAGCUAUCAUGAUCGGUGCUAUUACGGGACCACUUGCCCUCGCGUUGUAUGGAUGUGGUAUCAAGUGGCAUAUGCAUUGGAUCGUCCCAACCCUGGGUAUUGGAUUGAUCAACUUUACAAUCACGCAAGCUACAAAUGUAUCUCUCGUGUACACAAUUGACAGCUAUCGUCCGAUUGCAGGAGAGAUUGUCGUUACCCAGCUCGCCUUCAAGUCUGCGUUUGGUUUCUUGUUGGGCUUCUACACCAACCCCUGGGUAGACACUCAUGGUUAUAAUGUAGCCUACGGUGAGAUGGCAGCCAUUUGUGGCGGUGUUCUGAUUUGUUGGAUUCCGUUCUUCAUCUGGGGGAAGAAAAUCCGUGAGAAGACUCUUAGCUGGCGUGUUAUGAGCUGGGUGCGAUGGGACGAUGAUCGCGAGGUGGGAGAAUGA